GUUGUGAUACCCUUUCUGCUCAUUUUUCCAAUUUAAUUUUUUUUCAUGUAUGACUUGAGUAGAAUAAACAACAAAUUGCGUUCAAAAGUGAAAUUUGUAAUUUAGUGAUCUUCACCUUUGACCUACGCAAAAGUUGUCAGCAUUUAAGUUGUUCAGUAUAAAAAGUUACGUACGGAAUUGAAAAGAUUAUCUGUAAUUUUUUAUUAGAAGCAAAGAUAUUGAAAUUUUCAUGUUUUUACAGAAAUUCGAUUUCCCGGAAAAAGCCCAUGAAAUUUUCAUUUGAAAAUUUCGGGAGAGGAGCAAAAUUAUCUGAAAACCAAUUUGGCAUGAUUUCAUUUUCAGGGCUCCGGAAUUUUUCUUGAGAGUAUUAAAAAAAAUGCCCCUUUUACAAAAUCACGUUUCAAAGGCGGCCGCAAAUCGAGGCCGAAGAAAAUCAGCACGUCAAGGAAAUUCUUGACUACACCAUUCAGCAGCACCAAAGAUGCAUCAGGUUGAUUUAAUUGUUGAUUAAUUUUUGUAAUUUAACGAGGAAAGUGUGCCAGAUUUGUCGACGGGAUUAACAAAAUUUUCAGUUCGGUCAUGCUGAUGGAAACGUGGGGAAUGAUAUUCAUCAUUCUCAGCGUCAUUUACUACAGUAUUCAGUCAGAGUAUUCUUUGAGAGUGGCAAUCUUGAUGUUCUCCGUCGCGGUCACCUGUUUGCAUUACGGCACGAUUUGCUACUUGGCGAGCGAAAUUUCCAACGAGAGUGAGAAAGUGAGCGUCAACUGCAAUUCAGUCUCUUGGUGGAAUUGGAUGCCGGGAUUCGAGCUGGACAUCAGCAUAAUGUCCACCAGGGCCAGGGACCCCCUCUAUCUAAAAGCAGGCCCUUUUUACAAACUCAACCUCAAAACGUUUCUCACCAUACUCAAACUCUCCGUUACGUACUUGCUAAUUCUGCUGCAGUUCAACAAAUAA